AGUGAUCUUUUUAUGUUUGAGGUUCUGGUCCCUUGUUUAUGAUCUAUUUUUGUUGAUUUUGAGUACAAACCUUUGCCCCUCUCUUUCAAGGUAAAAUUAUUUUUUGUAUCUCUUGAAUAUUUCCCGGGUGAUUCCAUAGACAGUUUAUUUGAUUUCCAUGGAAGUUGCGAAGAAGCUCCAUGCACGUCUCAUCAGAAAUGGAUCGCAAACUGACCCAGUUGCGAUGUUGGAUGUUCUCCGGGUAUAUGCUCUUACUCCUUCAAAUUCACAAAGAGCCCAUCUUGUUUUUAAUCAAAUUGAAGCACCCACAUUGUCAAUUUGGAAUUGGAUGAUACGUGGUUUCUCCUUAAGCGAUCGACCCAGUGAAGCAAUUUGUAUGUAUAAACGAAUGAGGUUCCAAAGUGUGAAGGAAAACAAACUAACAUUUACAUUCGUCUUCAAGGCAUGUGCUCGUGUACCGGAUAUCUCAUAUGGCCGGAAGAUCCAUGUCCAUUGCCUCAAGCUUGGUUUUGAUUCUUGUCUCUUUGUCUCCAAUAGUUUGAUUCAUAUGUAUGCUUCCUGUGGUGAAUUGUAUUUAGCCCACAAAGUGUUUGAUGGUAUGCUAUUUAGAGAUUUAGUUUCUUGGAACUCUCUGAUUUGCGGGUACAGUCAGGGCAAUAAAUUUAAAGACGUUUUGUUGCUUUUCGAGGCAAUGCAGGCGGAGAAGGUGAAGGCUGAUGCUGUGACAAUGGUGAAAGUAGUUUUAGCUUGUAGCCAUUUGGGUUAUCAAGAACUUGCUGAUUCUGUGGUUAAGUAUAUUAUGGAGAAUCAUGUCGAGAUAGAUGUCUACUUGGGAAAUACUCUGAUGGAUCUGUAUGGAAGACAUGGGUCUGUGGAGUUGGCUCAAAAGAUGUUUGAUCAGUUGCCUGAAAGAAAUACAGUCUCUUGGAAUACAAUGAUUAUGGGAUAUGUCAAAGUCGGUGAUGUGGUUGCUGCACGAGAACUUUUUGAUCGUAUGCCAUCCAGAGAUGUGAUCUCUUGGACAUCUAUGAUCACAGGUUACUGUCAGAAAAAACGAUUUUCCGAUGCUUUGAUGCUUUUCCAGCAAAUGAUGGCGGCUAAGGUAAAACCAGAUGAAAUUACAGUAGCUAGUGUCCUUUCAGCCUGUGCUCAUUUGGGUAUCCUUGAUAUGGGGAAGGCAAUUCAUAAUUAUAUUCGCAUGAACAAUAUCAAAACUGAUGUUUAUGUGGGGAAUUCUUUGAUAGAUAUGUAUUGCAAGUGUGGCUGCAUUGAGAAUGCAUUGAAAGUUUUCCAAGAGAUGAUGGAUAAAGAUACUGUUUCAUGGACUGCAAUCAUAUCAGGACUUGCAGUGAAUGGUUAUGCUCAUGAUGCUAUUGACUUCUUUUCACAAAUGUUGAAAGAAGAUAUUCAGCCAAGUGAAGCAACCUUUGUUGCUGUUCUGCUAGCCUGCGCUCAUACAGGAUUGGUGGAAAAAGGAUUUGAAUAUUUUGAAAGCAUGACCAAGUUUUAUCACAUAGAACCAACAAUGAAGCACUAUGGAUGUAUGGUUGAUCUCCUGAGCCGCUCUGGCAAUCUGGACAGGGCAUUUGGCUUCAUUAAGAAAAUGCCAGUAGACCCAGAUGCCAUUGUAUGGAGGAUAUUGCUGAGUGCUUGCAAGCUUCAGGGAAAUGUUUUGCUGGCCGAAGCUGUCACAAAAAGGCUUAUUGAGUUGGAUCCUGAUAACAGUGGCAACUAUGUUCUCUUAUCUAACACAUAUGCAGGGGCAGAUAGGUGGGAUGAUGCCAUGAAUAUGAGAGAAUUGAUGAAGGAUAGCGAUGUGCAUAAGGCUGCUGGUUGUAGCUUCAUCGAAGCUAAUGGCAUGCUUCUUGAUUCUUUCAUGCCAGAAAAACGUCCUUUCCCUGCGAAGGAUCAGGCUUUCACUGGUUGAAGUUCCAUGUAUCUUCUUGAGAACCGAUUAAGGGUUAUUGUCAUCCAAUUCCAAUGAAGCAGUUGCAUGCUUAUUGUAUGUUAAAUAGUGCAGAUCCCAUGAUGAGUUUCGAUUACCAUAAUUGCCCUUUUAAUUUGUUUGCCAGAUGCAUCAAGCACAUCUUAUGGAGGCACGAGACUCGCUUUCUUAUGAAUAACAUCACUUGGAAUCCUGCUAUGAUGUUGUAAUGAAGAAUUUGGCCCAAGGACAUGGUUCCUUAUUACUUCUACAUAUUCAAGGCUCUGCCUUACUAUCAUAAUUUGGCCAUAAUAAAGUAUUGAUGUUCUUUUACCUGUUGAAGAACUGGCAAUUCUUGAUAUUUUUUUAGUAGUAACCUUGAAUACUUGCUAGAAGAACCCCCUGAUUCUAGAACUCAGCUAUAUGCAGGACAUCCAUGUGUCGCGCUUUCUUGGUGGACAUAUAGUUGGUUGUGGCUAUAAUGAUGAGGAAGAAUGACGGGUAAGAGAGAGAGAGAGAGAGAGAGACAGACAGGAGUAAAGAAGAGAGAAAAGGAAACAUGAGAAAGAACACGAGGAAGAAAGAAAGACGAGAAGAGAUAUGCCAUAUGCGGGUUACAAGCUAUAGGUUGAACACUCAAAAUUCGGAAGGAUGAGUACACAGUGACAAGUUCUGGAGAGUUUUGAAGUUUGAUCUCAAUCAAUUGCUGGUUUCCUUGGAGAUAUCAACAGCACAUCAACAUGCUCACAAUGUUGUUCUUCAGCCAAGAGUUGGUGUCAUUGUUGAAGAUGCUCAGAAUUCUCUGCAGGUCAGUAAAACAUUGGGUUACACAUCAUAUUCCCUGCGGAGGAUUCUUUCAUGAAAAUAAUGCCUCAUUCCCUGGUAGUCUGUAUACUAUCAGAAUUGUGUUAUGCGAGGAACAAAACUUAAUUUUAGGAUAUUUGAGUCAACCCCAAAACAUCAACUUGCUGGAUUCACACAACAGUCACUUGGAUGACCUUCAGGGCAUGUAUGAAUGCUGCAAACCCCUUGUAAUUUACAAGGUCAGUUCAAAGUGCCCAUUUAAAUAUGUUCUUCGUAAGAAAGAUAGUAUUUGAAGCUCAUAGUUGCACAAACAGAGCCGGAGCGAGGACUUGGCAUCCCUAAAGGAGUGAAAACAUUUGGCAGUCGCUCUUUUGAGGUUCAGUUUCAACAGAAAACAUUGCAAGAGUUGCUGCCAAAAGGAAAAUGCAUUGGUCCAAAGGCUGUGUUUGUUUCCAAGUUAAAAAUAUGUUUCAGGUAAAGUUCUACAUGAGAACUUUGCUGAAAAUAUUCCAGUGUUUUUUUUUUAAAUAUGUAA